ACUUGAUAUUCCAAAAUCAUCAACCAUAAAUCAGAGCCCGUCAAAUCAUUUAUCAUAAUCAAAGUACACGGUCAACAGCCAAAUACACUCCAUUACAGCCGUUGGAUCAAUCACCUGUAAAAUUUACACUAGAAGGAUGAUCCACAGGAUAAUGCAUUGCUCUUUCUCCCCCAUCUCUGCGCUUUGAAUUUCAUUUUCUCGGACUGUCAUCUCUCUUAACGAGAUCGCCAUUACAGCAGAAAUAUUGAUAAUAAAUAAAUGAAAGAUAAAUAGAUACGAUAAUAAUUCGCUGCAGGUCAACUUGGAGCCGACUCAGCUGAGAAUGACUCAGCUACCUUAUCGAGAUCGUAGCUUUUCAAGCCAGCGAAGAAUUCGUUGUUGGAAAAUUUUGAUGUUGAAGUCAUCAUCUGGUUGACAUAAAAAAUUAGGGUUUUAUUUGGGGUUUUUCAGUUCGUGGUGAAGUUCAGAUUUUUGUCAUCUGGGUUGUAUAAUUUUGUUACAAAAUUUGGGUUCGGGUUUGUUGAAUUAGUGAUAAAGGAAGUGCUUCUUGCUCUGGCUUUGUUCAGUUUUGUGAUAAAAGCGACGAAAUUAGGGUUUUUUUGAAUAUGAAUUAGUGAUAAAAGAAGUGUUUUUUUUUUUUAAAGAGUUUGAUCAUUUUUAGGGUAAAAUGAUGACCUUUAUAUACGGGUGGGUCUGUUCAAUUUUAUGAGGAAGUUUGGGUUUAUUAGUUUUUAUAAUUGAGUUUGUUGAAUUUGUAAUGGGUGAGGAGGCAUCUGAUACAAUGAACCUUGAUUUGAAUCUGGGUCCUGUUCCUGAGUUGCAAUCUGAGUCGAUGCCAAGUGAGGAUGUGAAUUUAGAUGAUUCAAUUUAUGACCGUACUGAUAGAAAUAGGGAAGCCGCUAGGCUGAGGUCUCGACAGCGUUGGAGAAGGAGACUGGUUCAACUCCCACCAGAAACGGGGACCCUUCCUAUGGAACUGAAUCAAUUUUUGGGUAAUUCUGCAAAUGGGAGUAUAUUACAGGUAGGUGAGGGUAGUGUUACUGCUGAGGAAAGAACUAAUGAAGUGCCUAAAACAUGUGAGAAUAACCACGGCUUUUUCGAAGAUGAUGUAUCAGAUAAGAAGGAUGAUGUUGAGAAGGGCAGUGGAAGUGAUGGGAGCUUUUUUGAUUGUAAUAUUUGUUUAGAUUUGGCCAGGGACCCUGUGGUCACUUCCUGUGGUCAUUUGUUUUGUUGGCAAUGCCUUUAUCGGUGGUUGCAUGUUUUUUCAGACGCAAAGGAAUGUCCAGUGUGCAAGGGAGAGGUAACAGUUAAGAGUGUAACCCCAAUUUAUGGUCGUGGAAAUUGUACACGGGAGCCAGAAGAGGAUUCAAGGCUUAAGAUUCCUCAUAGGCCACAUGCACGCCGGGUUGAGAGUUUGAGACAAACCAUUCAGAGGACUUCUUUGAGUGUCUCAUUAGAGGAAAUGAUUCGGCGUCUUGGAAGUAGAUUUGAUUUGGCCCGAGAUUUGACUCCACCACGAGAUGGAAGUAGUGCCCGGGAAACAGCUGAAAGGACUAAUUCCUUGCUAAGUAGGAUUUUGACAUCUCGAGGAAUUCGUGGAGAGCAAAAUUCAGUUUCAGCAAUGCCAGAUGAUGUGGACUUGAUGCAAAGUGGCACAAAUGGUUCUGAGGGGGAAACCCGUCGGUUCCAUUCUCUCUUACUACGAAGACAAUCACAAUCACAUAGACCUGUGGCAAUCUCUCCUUUUUCAUCUGCACUGAAUUCGGCAGAAAGAUUAGUUGAGACAUAUUUCCGAGACCAUACUGGCAGAAGAAACCAAGAGCAGCCAUCACCUCCAGUUGAUGAUAGAGAUUCCUUUUCAAGCAGUGCUGCUGUCAUAUACUCUGAGAGUCAAAUGGACACUGCUGUGGAAAUUGAUUCUAUGGUGUCCCUCUCAACUUCAUCUUCUCGAAGAAGAAGUGAUAAUUCAAGGGUUUCUGAUGUGGACAGUUGGGAUUCUCGUGCACCAAGAAGGAGAAGAUUGAACUAAAAAGAGGAUCUAUUUUUACUCAGUAUCCUGGAAUUACUUGAAAAUAUGACAUUCCAACACCAAUUUAAUUGCUACUUGCAUUUUAUGGUUUUCUAUGUGCUAGUUCUGCACCUUUAUGCUACAAUCAUUGAACGUCUUUAAAACGACAGUGAAUUUUUAUGCUUUGUUGCUACUCUAUAUGGUUUGGAAUACUAUUAUCUUUCUUUAGAGGUUUGUGCUUGAUAAUAAAACUUGUAUUGGGGCAAGUAGCCCAAUUAUGACUCA